UUUCGCAACUUUUGUAAAUAUGUCGGACCUCUCGUACUUGGACACACUCUCCAAAAAGGAGCUGCUGGCCAAAUGCUUGGAACAUGGCCUGCCCGACAUCCCGGUGACUGAUAGCACUCGCAAUGUCAUCACUCGUCGUUUGCGCGCAACCAUCUUGGGCUUGCCGUUGAACAAAGGCAAAACUGCUGCUUCAGCUACAAAGAAGACGGCUCCUAGGCGUGAAAUCAUACACGGCAGCAAGGUGACGCCCGCUGCGGAAAACGUGGGACGCACAGCAGGUAAAAGUCCAAGUCGCAGUGGCAACAGCAGCUUCAGCAGCAACAACAACAACAACAACCAGAGCGCUCAUUCUGGUCGUCGCACGAUUGCCUAUGGCCUGGACAACAUAUCCGUCUCGGGGCGCUCAGUAGAGACCACAACUACCGUCUCGGAUGUGGGCUCCCAGUCGGAGGACGAUGAUUUCCAUGUGGUGGAUUCGCCAGUCCGGCACUCGAAUUUGCCGCAAACGCCACCCAAUCGCAAGAAUGUCUCGUUGAACAAGUCUGGAGUGCUGACCACAUCCUACACACGCGAGGUGGAGCAGCCGCUUGAUGAACGGCAGGAGAUGGACAUACCCAAAAGCCACAACUAUGAGCGUGCGCCUCUAAACACAUUGCCCAGCUACAUGCCGCGCCUCGAUCAACCCUACAGACGCCCCAUGUACCUGGAUCUGGAUGCUCUCUCUAAAACACAGAACGUACAGACACAACUGAACUCGACCAGCUAUCAGGAGGAUGCUGGCCCACGGCACACAUUCAGCGGCUCGGCCAAGCCUUUUGGUGAAGUGGCUGCAACUCAACCACGUCAGCGCCAGAGCGGGUCAACUACUGGCUUUAGACAGCCACUCCAACCGAGAACCUCCAUGAACACACUCUAUCCGACACUGAACCAGUUCUACGAUCAACCGGACAACAACGCUCAUCCCAUGGAAACCGACAGCGAAUCGGAGGCGGAGGAGCCUCAGCUACGAGGCAGCCAUCUGUCGCGAGCACGCUCAUCGCCACUAGCACGCCCAACACUGUCAGCCAAGCAGAAGCCAGGACAGGUGUCGCCCAUGACACACUUCCGUGAGGCAUUCCGCUCUCUGGAUCGUCAGUAUCAUCUCAAGUUUUAUUUCCUCCUGUGUGUGGCUGUGAUGGUGGUUACUAUGCUGUAUGUGGUCCUGACGCCCGCUGUUUGAGGUGUAUCUUGAACGUUUCAGACUAAUAUAAUAAUUGUUACAAAAAGACUUACAUUCAAAUAUUAAAAAAUAAACGGGCUUUCGUUCAAAGACGAAUAAAUAA